AUGGCAUCCAUUGCUUUAACAUUGAGUUCACUUAUUGGCGCGUGGAUCGGAAGCUCACCGGUCAAUAUGACGGUCUUUACCGGACAUUUUAUCUAUGGAGACACAAGCUCAAUCACAAUGGUCAUCAAAUACACCUCUCUUCUCGUAUGUUUCUUAGUCGCAUUCUGUUGUUUUCUUCAAUCCACGAGAUCUCUCUUACACGCGAACUAUCUCAUUACUACUCCCGGCGAUGAUAUUCCGCCGGAAAUGGUGAAGAGAGCCGUCUUGAGAGGUGGUAACUUUUGGUCGUUGGGUCUUAGGGCACUUUACUUGGCUCUUGAUCUAUUGUUAUGGCUUUUCGGACCGAUACCGAUGUUUAUAAACUCGGUUUUGAUGGUUGUAUGUUUGUACUAUCUCGACACGAACUCGGUGGCUCAGCCUCUUUAUCACCGGACUUUCGAGGCGGAGCAAAUAGUCAAGAGGAUGAGAGGAGUUUUGCCUGAACAGUUGACUUUUAGAUGUGAUUGA